CACUAUUUUAAAAAUGUUUCCAAUUUAUUUGCCAUUAAUCCAUUCAUCCAUCAACAUGCCUACUUUCUUUUGCAUUACCAGGUUAUAGGUACAAAGCAUUAUCACUCUAGAAAUAUCCACCAUAAAUUCAAAGAGAAAUUUAUAACUGAAGAUUCUUAAUAUCUGAGUCUGGAAAAUGUAGAAUUUCAUAUCCAUAUUUUCACUAUCAAUCUUGUGUAGAAACUCUGUAAAAUGUCUGAGAGGUUUGUUGGGGAGCUUGGAAGAAGUUUUUUUAGUUGGAUUAGAUUGAAAUAGAAAUGAAACUCUUUAUAUGGAUAAUAACUUACCACCAAUCAGGUAACCUUCCCAAAGUGAAACAAGUUUAGGGUGGUGGCAGCAUCAUGCUGUGAGGAUCCUUUCUUCUAGGCUGGUCAGAGUACACAUUGGGAUGAAAUAAUUUUCAUGGAUGCAUGUCCAGUUAUUUAAUUUUCCAUUUAUUUAUUAAAUUAUCUUUUAAAAAUCUCCUCAGAAUUUGGAGCAGAGAUGGGGAAGAGAGAGAAAAGUUUCUGCUGUAAGCAAAACAUUUGUUAUCAAGCUCCGCUGCAAAACCAAACUGGACCCAAACUAAGCUGGUAUGCUGGACGACGGGCACGCACAGCCUUCAGCAGCAGCCAGGUGAAUGCUCUGGAGAUGGUGUUCCGGGUCGACUGCUAUCCAGGGAUCCAGCUGAGGGAGCAGCUGGCAGGGAGGCUGGACCUGGACGAGGACCGAAUCCAGAUCUGGUUCCAGAACCGACGAGCAAAAUUGAGGCGUUCACUCAGAGAGACCCAACUGCAGUUGGUUCAGACGGCUAUGAUGGAGCUGAAGAUGAGGCAGGAGGCUGGACACCGCCCAGAGGAGGUGUCACGUCACCUUCCUCCUCCUCUUCAUUGUGAUGCAGAGGAUGAGGAGUAAUCAAGUUCUCACUGUCUGCAGAAGGUGUUCAUCUUUGCAUUAAUAUCCAUCUGCAUAAUUUUCUGAAAACCUCUCUAAACUCCAGGGGAAUGACUAAGAGUUGCAGAAUGUAAAUGGCUGUUUUAUAUUGUUUUAUUCGUCCAAUAUCACAAUUUACAAGGAAUGUCAGCUGGUCUUAUAUAAAAGCAGGAAUGAUUUGAGCUGAUGAAAACUUGAUAGUUUGAAGAAUAUUUUGUGAACCGUUAUUUCUCAGUUUGACAAAUCAAUGUAUCAGACCUUCCGAGUAGCUGUGUACUUCAUUGAAUUUAUUAGGAAUAAAAAUACUUACCAUCUGUGUUUUUAUCACACAUUGAUUUUCAUCUACGUCUUUGCUAAAGAAUGAGACAAUAACUGCUUUACACAUAACAUUUUCAAUAAUAUUAAAACAUUUACUGUCAAAAUGAGGCAUUAUGGAAUAUUUUUCUCA